AUGGCCGAUGAAUUGCACGAUGAUCAUCACUUUGAGACUGGUGAUUCGGGGGCCUCGCAUACCUUUCCUAAGCAGUGUUCGGCCCUUCGUAGGAAUGAGCACGUCUUAUUGAAGGGGCGUCCAUGCAAAAUUAUGGAAAUGUCGACUUCUAAGACCGGAAAACAUGGACACGCCAAGGUUCAUCUGGUUGGAAUUGAUAUAUUUACUGGGAAGAAGUAUGAAGAUAUUUGCCCAUCUACUCACAAUAUGGACGUUCCUGUCAUUAAACGAAAGGACUAUCAAUUAAUGGCAAUCAACGACGAUGGUUUUGUAUCGAUAUUGGACAUGGAUACUCUGAACGAAAAGAGUGAUCUGAAGAUUCCGGAAGGAGAAUUGGGGCAGCAGAUAAAGGAUGCGUUCGAAAAAGACGAGUCGGGCAUCUUGGUAAAUUGUUUGUUUUGUUUGAUAGUUUUAUGCGAACAUGAGACAGGAAACAGAAUAUUUAAAAUAGUUAUGACAUAA